AUGAGUGGUUGUGGAUCUCGAGAAAAAGAAUUAAGAGAGAAGGUAGGAUUUUCUUAAAGCAGUUAAGACUAUGCAAUAAAAAAAUUUAGUAAUAUGACAAAACAAAAACCAUUAUAUUUUUAAUUUUUAUAAAUGGAAUAUAGAAGAAUAAUUUAGUUUUGGGAUUUUAAGUAAUAUUUUACAGAGAAUCCUGUGUUAGCAUAAAACUCUAUAUUUUUAUAAGAAAUUAUGGUGGAUAAAAUUAUGUCGAAACUCUUACAUUGUAUUCCUGAGUUUAUACUGAUAUUUCAGGAACUAAAGGAAAAUUUAUAUUCUCUAUCCAUCCAAAAUUCAAAAUAUACUCACCUAAUAGUUAAUAAUAAAGUAAGUUUGCAUUACUAGUUCCAAUUAUUACAAAAAGAUAAAAGUAAACUUUCCAUUCACCACUUAGAUAAGGACCAAAAUAACCUGGUUUAGGUGUAGGAGGUAGUGGAUAUGAACAUAAUAGAAUUUGGAUAGAUGGUAAAUAACUAUAAGCAAGUAGACUUGUGGAAGAAGACAAAAAAAUUUAAAGUGGUUCAAUAUUAUUAUCAAAAAUAUAUUUCAUUUAAAUUAAUUCCUUUUUUAUUUGAAGAUCACAUUUCCCCCCUAAUUUCUAGUAGACUCAAGGAUAGCACUUAUUUAUAAAUCAAAUUAACUCCAAAUUUGUUAAUCUCAUUAUUAAGAAUACAUAAUUUAAGUGCUUUUAUAAUAGAGAACCGUUAUAGUUAUUAACAUUUAAUAACAUGA